AUGGUUUGUGAUAGCCCUGUUGCAGUCUCUAGAGACUCCAUGAAUUGUGAUUGUACUAUCUCAGACCCAAGUGUUCCAAGUUUUUCUCAGGAUCAUUCAUUCAAUUCUUUAUCUGCUCAGGACAAUUUGGGUGUGCUCCCCGUACAAACGCCAACAACUUCAAGUUACCAAGAAAAUACCAGUCUGAGCAGAAACAACAACUUUUUCCAGCCUUCAAACAGUUCCUCAUCCGCAGCUUGCACUGUUGAAUCCAACUACCACUUGAAAUAUAAUGUCGGAACUCCUGUCCCACAUGGCAAACAUGUACCAUCAGUUGUCAUCUGUCAAAGACUUGGCAGUCGUGGAAUACCACCAUCUAUUUUCCUUCUUCAUCAAAGAGAAGACAAUUCUCACUGGUUGAGCCAUAAGAUUGUAUUGCAAAGAAUGGGAAAAAAGUUUCAAGAUUUCCUCGAAAGCGAUCCUCAAUUUCAAGGUUUUUUGCACAAUAGUCAAGAACGGGCCAUUCCCAGUGUGAAAGAACUUGUUCACAAUUUUAUUCGGGUUAUUUCCAAGUUCUUUCAAGGUUACAAUCACCUAGACAGUCGGAAAUCCGUUUCUCACUAUCUAAGAAAAAUAUCUUGCUGGGAACUUGAGCUUCACCGUGGUUUCUGGACAAUUGAGCGGUGCUUUGAGCCCCCAAAGGAAGACCAUACUAAAGAAGACUGGAUCAAGUUCGAAAAAAAAUUCUACUGUCACAAGUCCCAAUUAUUACGAUAUCAAAUUGGUGUUCUUGGUGAAUUCAGACAUUUGUUGGAAAUUCAAUCGAGAACCUUAAAAAAUUAA